AUGAAGAAAAUAACGACUAAAAAAUCCAAAGGUGAAAUCAAGAAGCAGCUGGUGGAGAAGGGGGAAUCCAUUCGGAAGUCGCUCGAACACAUUGUGAAGCAGGAUGCGAAGGCAAACACGAGCACUGCGAAUCUCGCAGCGCGGGCGCCGAAGAAAAGCGUGGACAAGCUGCAAAAGGCGGUGAACGACGACAGCGACAGCGGCGCCGACGAAGAUGUGGACAUGGACCCCUACCGCCUCAAGGACGCCUACUACAUCAAGCAGAAUGCCAAGUACACCAACAAGAAGAAGACCAUAGUGCUGGCGAGUAGGGGCAUUUCCAGCCUAGGAAGGCAGCUCAUGAACGACAUCAAGCUGAUGCUCCCGCAUCACAAGGCCGAGUCCAAGCUGGAGAAGAAAGAGUCGUACACGGCAAUAAACACACUUGCUGGGCUCUCUGGGUGUGACAGCGCCAUCUUCAUAGAGGCACGCAAAAGUGAAAUGAUCAUGUGGAUCUCCAAGACGCCUAACGGCCCGACGCUGAAGGGGCGACUUACGAACGUGCACACCCUGAGGGAUUCCACGUUCGCCGGGAACUGCUUGCUCUACUCUAGGCCGCUGCUCACGUUUGACAACGCGUUCGAGUCCACGGCGCACCUCAAGCUCAUCAAACAGGUGCUGAUGCACGUGUUCGGGACUCCCAACAACCACCCGAAGAGCAAGCCGUUCUGCGACCACUGCCUCUCGUUCUUCUACUUCGACGGGCGCAUUUUCUUCAGACACUACCAAAUCGCACCGGAAAACGAGUUCGCCAUGAACAAGCCGCAACAACAAGUGCUCACGGAGAUAGGGCCGCAGUUCGUAGUGGAGCCCAUCCUCAUCCUCUCCGGCAGCUUCAACGGCACGAUGCUCUGGAAGAAUAAGAACUACGUUUCCCCCAUCAUGAUGCGAAGGCUUAAACGUGAGUCAGACGCCCUGCGCAAGCAGCAACAGGAGAUAGAUAAAAAGAACCGCGAUCGCGAAACGGAUCUGCCGGAUGACGAGCUGUCGAACCAGAACGUUUUCAGCGCUCCAAACUGA